UUUGCUUUUGCUAUGGUAUGGCCACAGUUUUGCUCUCUCAACAUUCAUCAAAUCCGCUAGAGCGUCGCUCUUCAGAUGCUCGUCCCAAUAUGUUCCACGAUCUUCUAAAUAAACCCAUAGAAGUGUCCUCUGAUGAUCCUUUGUCUGCAUACGACAUCGACCAGGAGAAAUACGUCCAACAUAUAUCCACUGUGAGACCGUCUGUUAAAUACGGUAUAGGCCCUAUCGCUACCAAGAAUUCGCUAUGCUUAGAUGAUUCGGACGAACCUAUGGCCCAAAGCGAUGAUCUGAUCAUCCUGGACAAAACCUCGAAGCCACCGAGAAGAAAGAAGGUGGCUACUGUUACAUUCAGGCCAGAUGAUCCUUUACGUUUCUCUGGCGAUGGAAUUUCCGACAUCGCGGACGGCGAUGAUGACGCGGAGCAGGAGGAAAGAGAUGGAGCAAGGGAGCAAGAGCAGUCAGCCGAAGAAGAGGACGAUGAUGAGGAAGACAUGUCCGACUCUGACGACGAAGAGAGCACUUUUUGGCAGAAAUCACCCGAGGAGCAGCAGGAGAUAAGUGCAGAAAUCAAGGACCUCGAACAAGCCUUGGGCCCAUCUCUCACCGACGACUACAAACUUCUUGACCGACUCGGAACCGGCACAUUCUCGUCGGUUUAUAAAGCCCUCGACCUCCACUAUUCGAAAUGGAACAACGACCCAUGGCAUGGUCACCAUCCACCGUCAUCCACCGCCUAUUAUCAAUCUGCACCUCGUCCGCCAGAAAGCAAGGUGUUUGUUGCAAUCAAACGGAUAUAUGUUACAAGCAGCCCUGAAAGAAUAAGGAACGAAAUUUCUAUUCUGGAGGAAAGUCGCUCUUGUAGACACGUCUCCCAACUUAUAACUGCGUUUCGAGAACGAGACCAAGUCGUCGUAGUGAUGCCGUAUCACCGAAACGAUGAUUUCAGAGACUACUUCGCCACUCUUCCUAUGGCAGGCAUAAAGAGUUACUUUCGAUGUUUGUUUCGCGCAUUACGCGACAUACACUCCAGAGGGAUAAUACACCGCGAUGUCAAGCCUGCCAAUUUUCUCUUUGACCCUCGAACUGGGAUCGGAACUCUAUGUGAUUUCGGCCUUGCUUGUCGCAUUGAAUUGAACCCGCAUCAUAACCCAUGUCUUCACACGCCAUCUACUACGGAACAUCCACACGGGAAGAUCAAAGACCGCAAGGACUACGAUGCAGAACACUGCAAGAGGAUGUCGAAGGAAGCAAAACAUAAAUCGACUCUUAAUUCAGAAAAAGUGGGCUAUUUAGAAAAGGACCCAAGACCCGUCUCCAAGGCAAAUCGGGCUGGUACGAGAGGAUUUCGUGCACCAGAAGUUCUUCUCAAAUGUGGAGAUCAGACUGGUGCAAUUGACGUAUGGUCUGCGGGAGUCAUACUGUUGUUUUUCCUCACACGCAAAUUUCCCUUAUUUCAAUCUAAUGACGACGUCGAGGCGCUGAUGGAAAUCGCUGCUGUUAUAGGCAAGCGAAAAAUGGAAAGAGCUGCGAUGUUACACAACCGAACCUUUUCCACCAAUGUGCCCUCGAUUACUCCGGAAGGCAUGCCAUGGAUAGAGUUCAUUGAGAAACAGAACCCUGACCUCAGGACUCCGCCAGAACCAAACCCGCAGUAUUACCCCUACUCUAGGCAGCUGGAGGUGUACCAGCAGCAUCGACUGGAAGGCCUUGCGCUCGAAGUAGACGAGGAUGGAGACACCGAUCAGGGGUCAGCCCUUUCAUCUCCUCCUAGUCUGUUUGGAUUUCAAAGUCGUCCGCGCUCUUCCUCCACAGCGGGUACCUCUUCCACUACUUUCCCCACUUCUCCGCCCAAGACGUUUUCUUCACCUGAACCUGAAACCCUGUCUACCAUACCCGAACGUCGCCAUGAUAGAAAGGCUCGAGCCCCUCACUCCAGUUCGGAGUAUGCCCUUUGUACACCUUCGCAGGCAUCCCAUGACCGCGAUCUGGAGAACGCGUUGAAUUUGGUGGAGAUGUUGAUGCACCAUGAGUCAACUUCAAGGUAUACACCUAAGAAGGCGUUAUAUCAUCCAUUCUUGUAUAAUGGACACAAGUCGCAUAGGAAGAACGGGCAACGAAGAAGUACAGGUGUCGGUGAAGGUAACCUGAAUGCGAGUUUUACUAGCUCGAACGGGAGAGGUGAGAUCGAGGAUAUGGAAGACAUGGACCAGGACGGCCGUGAGCGUUCGGAUGCAGAAGAGAUGUUGCAAGAGGAUGAUUCGGAGCCCUCGGAUGACGAAUUCUUUCCUCAUCCUUUUGGAAAAGGUGUAUGUGGUAAAUACCAUUUCCGAGACGGCGUCACGGAGGAGCCCUUUGUCCAUGUUUAUGCCAACGAGGGUGAGCAUACCAGUUCAGAGAGGACGAUGGAAGUAUUGAGACUGGUGAGUGGUGAAGGUGUAGCAAUUGGGAGGCAACCAUGCGAAUUCCAUCGAGUUGGUUAUGAAUUGGACAUGGAUGUAGUCAUGUAGGAUACACUGUACUAAAUACCUGCACCGCCGCGCUUGUUUUUUUAUCAUGUUAUACUUGUGCU